GUCACAAAAAUCGAUUCUGAGCAGCAACACGAAUCAUGCCAGACAUUACGCUGUACUUCCUGCAGGCCUCUCGCUCAAUUCGGACAGCAUGGCAACUUGAGGAGAUGGGCCUGGACUACAAAGUUGAAUUCUCAGAACGUGAGAACGGCAAGGCUCCUCAGCAAUUCAAGGAUGACUCUGGUGAUGCACUGGGCAAGUUCCCUUUGCUGAAAGAUGGCGACUUGACGGUGGGAGAAAGUGGCGCUAUUGCGGAGUAUCUCUGCGAACACUACGACACCUCCAACAAACUCCUCCCCAAAGACUCCGCCACACGCGUGAAAUGCCAACGCUGGAUCCACGCGUCAGAAGCCACGUACGCACUGCAUGCACUAGCCAUCCUCUACACACGUUGGUUCGGCGCCGACAACCCUUCCGCAGCCGAGAAAAUUGAGCAAGGCAUGUCAGUGAACGUGUGUAAAGAUAUGGAUUUUCUGGAGAAUGAGUUGGCAAAGAGCGGAGGUAAAUUCUUGGUUGGCGAUAGUGUGACGGUGGCUGAUUGCAUGAUGCUGUUUUCGGCGCAGUUCAUUCUGGCUAGACAAUUGGGUGUGCAAGGGAAGAAGUGGGAGAAGAUCAAUCAAUGGAUCAAGGAUUGUGAGAAUACCGAGAGCUACAAGCGAGCGGUCGAGAAGACUGGACAUGCGCUGUAGAAGCCAAAUAUUGAUUUUUCAGCC